UACCACAACUUUAGUGAAAAACGAUAUAAAAACUUUCAUUAAGUCAAAAAAAGUACAUCAAAUUCCUAAAAAUUGGUUACUUUUGUCGGCGUUGGCAUUGACUUCUUUAUAUACACUUCCCGAAAUCUACCAGUUCUACAAUUCAGGAGCUGUGGGUCGCAUGCUAAGCGCCAGCUUUCACAGCUUCAGGACCUUUUUUAUAGAGCACAUUAGCACCCCGCUGGCAGCUAUCUAUAAAGAAUUGUUUUUGAACACUUACCAAGGAGCUGGGGACUUACAACAAGUUGCAGAGGCCAGGGCUUCCCUACAGAACAUGCUUACCGACUUUGCACGGGAUGUGAGCAAAAAAAACGUAACACAAUCCACAGAGUGCACACUCGAGCGCGAGCGCAUGCAAUUGUUAAUGCAAACAUACGAGAGUCAAGUAAGGCACCCCUUAUAUAACCUUGCUUUUGGCGAAUUAGUUCGCGCUCUCCUCAUCCAAGUUCAAAAACUGAAGCUCAAUGUCGAAGAGGAAAUGUUAACUGUAGACAAACUCAUGAAAGCCAAUGAAUUGAACUUGCAGAUCAUGUCCACGAUACCAGCGAUUGGCAUUGCCUACGUGGGCGUAUUCCUGUUUCGUAAAUUAUGGUGGACGCUGUAUUAUAGGGAAAAAGGAAGGGGCAUCUACCAGAAGGAGCAAAGAACAAAAUUGUUUUUCAUGCAGCUUGAGCAGUCCCUUUACGAGCUGCUGACCCUUUGCCAACACAAAGAAAGCGCAAGAGAUAAGAGGUAUGAGUUUAUCGGGAGAUGCGUGUACUAUUUAAAUUUGAUACAAACCGAAGUAAAGUCCAUGAACUUGAAACCUUUUACCAAAUCCUUACUAAACGAUGAUUUAUAUCUGUUGAAAAAAAGUUUUCACGGCGAACACGAUCUUAAAAUGAAACUGCGGAUCAUUACAAGGAUCAACCAAUGCUAUGCUUUUACCAAUAUUUUACUUAAAUAA